AAAGGGACCUGAACAUGGGGCUCCCUGCUGAGUCAUAGCCCAGCUCUUUGACCUUGUGGUUUAUGAUUAUCAAGUAUCCUGGAGGCAGCCAAUGAGGGGACUGAACAUCCAGGCUUGUCUCCAGAGGUGACAACAUUGCUUGCAUAAGACCUCUCCUGGAUGCCAGCAGAGGCUGAGGGCUGAGGCUGCGCUGGACACUCAAGGCUCUUGUGUGGCAGGUGAGGGGGUGCGGGUGGAAAAUCCCUGCUCUGAGUUGGACCUCCCUCAGGAUCUGGAUGCUGGGCCAUGCUUGGUGCUUGCUUCUUUUGCUACCUCAGCAACAUAAAGGGCUGCUGAGAAGGUGAGCAGGGACGCCUCACUCUCCGCUAGACCUUGAGAUUUCAGACACAGACGUCUCCCCAUGGCUCCUUAUUUCAUCCGCAUAUACCAGGAGAGUGACCGCAAGACGGUGGUGGACUUGCUUUCCCAGGGGAUCACUGAGCACAUCCCUGCCACUUUCCGCCACGUGCUGAAGCUGCCCCGGACUCUCGUGCUCUUCGUUGGGGGACCUCUCCUCCUACUCCAGGUCUCUGGCUCCUGGCUCCUGGCUCUCAUGUUUAGCUUUGCCCUCCUCCCUGUCCUGUGGUUUUUUGCCGGCCUUCCCUACAGGCAGUUUGUGCACAUGAGUUUGCAAACAGACAUGGCUGACAUCACCAAAUCCUACCUGAGGGAGCCUGGCUCCUGCUUCUGGGUGGCUGAGUCUGCAAAGAAGGUGGUGGGCACAGUGGGAGCUUUGCCCGUUGAUGAUCCCACCUUGCAAGAGAGGCGGUUGCAGCUGUUUCACCUGGUUGUGGCCUCUGAGCACCGUAAACAGGGCAUAGCAAAAGCCCUGAUCAGGACUGUCCUCCAGUUUGCCCGGGACCAGGGCUACAGUGCAGUUGUCCUGGACACCAGCAAGUUCCAGCAGUCUGCCAUGGCCCUCUACCAGUGCAUGGGCUUCAAGAAGGUGGGCCAGUCUUUCCCCAGAAUGAGUGCCAGGCUGGUGGAUUUUCAUGAAAUUCAUUUCAUCUGCCACCUGCCUUCUGCUUAGGCAGAUCUCUGUCUCUCUGUGUUAGGCAGGACAUGAUACUCCGUGCUGUAGUAAUAAGCAAACACUGACCCUUCAGUGCCAACACAAUAAAAGCUCAUUGGUCAUUCACAUCAGAGUCCCAUG